AUUUAAACUUUUUUUUCUUUUUCCAUUGAAUAUAGAAUCAUGUCGAAUGAUGAAGGAUCGUCUGAUCCUGAUGGCAUGACACAUGAAGAGGUUCCACCACCUUUACCACCACGCACACUGGGCUCGAGCAAUAAGAGUCAUCACACUCAAUGGACAACAUCCAAACCCAUGGAAGACCCAUACUUGGAAGACGGGCCUUUAUUUCGUGCCACCAUUCAUCAAUUAGAAAUGCGCACUACCACUCUCAAAAGCAACUUAAAACGCAUCAUCAAGCAUGCCGCCUCUUGCUUGGAUGCUCGAUAUCAACUCAGCCGUGCCGAUGAAGCCUAUUUCGACGCUCUCAGUGACACCCAUUGCAUCCAACCCCUCAUGAACCAUUACCUCAACCAUGUCUGGCAAACCAUUGCCGAAGAACGCAAACGAUUGGAUGAUUCACUUUCGACCCAACUCUUAGAACCUUUAAAACGUGUCUAUGAAGACGAUAUCAAGGUCGCCGACCUGAAACGCCGUCAAUUCGAAGAGGAAAGUAAAGACUAUUAUGCUUCAUUGGCAAAAUACCUUAAAGCCAAACCUAAGGGUGAGACAGAGCAAAAGCAACAACAACGUAAAUCUAAGUUUGAUCUGGCUCGUUUUGAUUAUUUGGGAUUCUUGUUUGAUUUACAUGGCGGUCGUAAAGAAAACGAAAUCUUGUUUCAUGUCACAGAUCAUACCAUGCGUGGUUUCGAUUAUUAUGAAUCUAUCGCUCGUAAAAUAGAGCCACAGAAACAAGGAUUGAACGAUUUAAUCGCAUUCAUGACUGAAAAUUCGCGCGAACAAGAACUCGCUGCCCGAGAAAGAGCACAUAAACGUAAGGAAUUGUCUACCGCUUGUAUCUCUCAUCAAACCGUAGAUCACUCCGAUCAAACAGUACCCGUUGAUGAAGAGGAUUUAGACCUCGCCUCUGAUCCUCCCCUCUCCAACAUUGAUGAUCAAUCCUUAGCAUUUCAUCCUCCCCCACCUUCUCUUCCUCCUCAGCUAGAUCACGAUAGGUUUAAAGGCAUCCGUGACUUGGAUCAAAAUCGUGGUGAUAUGAUCAUGACCGGUCGAAAAAAGGAAGGAUUCUUAUUCGCUACCGCUAAACCCUCUAAAAGCACUGGAUUUGAUGUCACUUCUUCAUCCGUUACCUGGCACAAAUAUUGGUGUGUUUUAAGCGGAGGUCAAAUUCAUGAAUACUCCAAUUGGAAACGUCAACUAGAACCGCACAUCGAUCCUAUUAAUUUAAGGUUUGCAACCGUGCGAGAAGCACGUAAUGCGGAACGUCGGUUCUGUUUCGAAGUCAUCACACCUCACAUGCGACGUAUCUAUCAAGCCACUUCACAAGAGGAAGCCACCAGCUGGAUCAACACGAUCCAUAACUCCAUCGAAAGUUUAUUAAAUGGCACAAGUAGUAGUUCGGCCAAUUUAAAAGACAUGAUGGUCGCUUCCUCUUCAACCCCUCAGAGUAAUAAACGUCAUGGAAGGUCCUUGAGUGGCGCUUUUAAAUCUGGGUUAGCAGUCGUAGCUUCCGCAGCCACAGCAGCCGCAGCUGCAGCAACUACAACAACAGCAACAACCAGUGAGAAGAAAAGACAAUCUGCCAAUAUACCAUCUUCUUCUACCUCAUCUGCCGUGGUAUCUAGUGGUAUGAACUCACCCUCAGAAGGAGCAGAAUUAUUAGUAUCGGCUAGUCCCAAUGAUCGUUUUCGAUGGUCGGGUUUUAGCUUUGGAGGAGGAAAUGGAACAAAUGGGAAUGGAGGACAUUCGAAAGCAAAUAGCCAUGUAUCAAAUCAAGGCAAUUAUCUAUUCUCAGCAUUGGCGGAUUCGGAAGGAAAUACACGCUUAUUAUCGAUAUUAAGACAGGAUACAUCCAACCAUUAUUGUGCCGAUUGUGGAGCUAAAAACCCAGAUUGGUGUUCAUUGAAUCUCGGUAUUUUACUAUGCAUAGAAUGUUCGGGUAUUCAUCGUAGUUUAGGUACGCAUGUAUCCAAGAUUCGAUCCUUAACAUUGGAUAGCACAUCUUACACACCGGAUAUCAUUGAACUGUUAAAAUCCAUUGGCAAUGCGAAAUCGAAUGCGAUUUGGGAUUGCCGUUUUGAACCUGGAGCCAACAUGGUGGAUUUCCCCAGCAUUGGUCGACCCAACCCUACAGAUUCCCGCGUGGCCAAAUUAGCCUAUAUUCAAGCCAAAUAUGUCAGUCGAGCCUUUGUGAAAAAGACAGCAGACCCGGACCGAAUUUUAUUUGAGGCCAUUGAUUUAGACGAUAUACCCAAGGCCCUUUAUGCUCUUGCCUCCGGAGCUAAUGUGAAUUCUUCCAGGCCGGAUUUUAACACCUCACCUCGUAUCUCCCUCUUCAUGUCACCUCAGGAGUCUAAUCCAAUUCAGAUGUUUAUGCCCUUUCUCAUGGAUCUCAACGAUCAUAAAGAUCAUCAAGAAAAAUUACAAGUGUCAGAUGAAAAGAAUUAUAUCGUUCGUUAUGCCUUGCAUUACGCUUUAUUGCAUGGUCGCGUUGUAGACACCGAGGAUGUCUUUCAUCCUUCCUCACCUACUACCGUCAGUAGUCAUGGAUCCACCGUCUUAUCCGAAGAAGACUAUCCUGUCAAGAAAGCAGCCGUGAUUUUCCCAAUGGCCGAAUUUUUGUUACAAAAUGGGGCGGAUACUGGUAUUAUAGAUACCCAAACAGGACAUACCUUGGCUGAAUUGGUCGGUAUGGGUUCCGUUGUAGAUGAUCAUGCUAUUGCCUAUAUCAACCUGAAGAAUACGGCCCGUGGUCAAUCUUCCAUUGUUAGAUCCAUCUCUUCCGUACGUCCCAAACACGAUUCAUUACCACCCGAGUUACCCAAAAAAGAUCAAGAUAUCUCUUAAAAAAAACUAUUUUUUUUUAUUUACCUUAUUUAUAAUAAUUUUUCUCUCUCUUUCUAUCUAUUUACCCCCACAACCUUUCUUCUUAUUCAAAACAUAAUAAUAAAUAUACACAACUAAAUAU